AUGGCGGCAGAGAUGAACAUUUUUCCAAAGAAUGGACUGUUUAUUGCUGUAAAAGUGUUUCUGUUGUGUAAUAUAGUUCAGAUUACACUCUGCGCAACCACUUCACCACCGUCUUCACCGGCAGCAGGGACUACCAAUCCCCAAACAACCCCAGUUCCAACAACUCAGAGUUCGACACCAGCACAAGUCCAGACAACUUCCAUUCCAACCGCGACUCCUUCGCCUAUUCCCUCGAAUACAGACUUAGCAUAUUGUCCUUGUGAUUUGACUGGUAAUUCAUGUGAUGUGAAUUGUUGCUGUGAUACUGAUUGCUCUAAUGAUGAUAGAUUAGCAUUUAGUGAAUGUCUUCCCUCUUCUGUCAGUACGGAUGAUAAGUUAUGUAUGAGAUCAGAGUUAAUUUUAUUUGAUAACUCACCUUAUGUUGCAAAUUAUACCUCUAAUAACCUCUUCUGUUUAUAUUUUGAUAACAAUGUAGAAAGAAAUUACUAUAAUGUACCUGAUUUAGUAACAACAGAAGCAACAUUUAAUUCUUACGUCAAAGAUUAUGGUGAUUUUAGUUUUCAGUCUGCAGCUACUCCUAAAACUGUUUACUCUGAUUACUAUAAGAGUGGAGAUAAUAUAUAUGUAGUAUAUGAUAGUAAAUCCCAGGGUAUAUUAGCUCUACCUACAGCUUUAACAUCAACAUAUUGUACAGAUAAUAACCCUACAGCAUAUUUAUAUGAUGGUGAAAGUGAAUGUGUUAGGAAAGUUACUGAUCUACCUUCUCAAUGUACUAGUUUACCAGCACUGUCAGCUAAUAGUUAUUAUGAUGGUUUCCGUGUUGUUACUUCUCCAGUACUAUUCAAAGAAUACCAACCUGAUGAUAAUUCAACUACAGAAGAAGAAGUUGGUAGUAUAACAGACCUAUAUAAUAAUACCUAUACUAUACCAAUAGAGAUAGGAUCUGUUAGAUGUAAAGAUGAAACAACAGGACUGAUAGCUAAUUGUAGUUUAUCAUUACCUAAUUAUAAUACUGUGACUCAAACUUGUGAAAAUACUGUUUUACAGACUGGCUAUAACAUAAAACAUAAUGGUACUAAAGGGAUAAAAAGUGUCACUGUUGACUUUUUACUGGGUACAAUAUCUACUAGUAAUACCCAGUUGAUAUCUCAAUCUUAUUUCACUAAAUUUACUGGGGAAUUUGAAGAUAAUGCGUUUGUUAGAAGUGGUAAUCCAGGUUAUGUUAAUGGUGAACCAGUGAUGGCUGGAAUAUUAAAUAAUACAGUAGAUAGUGAGGGUAUAGUACAACAAGAAAUUAUGUUAAAUUCUAACCGAGAUCAAUGGUUAACUAUACAAUCUAAUACUGGUGUUGGUGAUUGUUUACCCUCUAACAGACUCUCUGUAGUAUUUGGUGAAGAUGUUAGAUCAGGAUGUUUCUUACAAAUAUCACUGGCAGGAGUAGCUGAUCAUUGUCAGUUUUUACAAGAGAGAAUAGUGCAAGCAGUAGAAGGAGAACUAGCACCUAUAUUUGCUGCAGGACAAUAUGAGAAUGUUAAUAGAUAUGUGGCUACUUUUGGUAAUUCUGAUAUCAAUAAAGUAGGUGAUUGGGUACCUAUACAAGUUCAAGGUCGACCUAUUCCAGCAGCAGCUGUUGGUCUAAGAUGUUCACUGUCAUUAGGAAUGAAUAUACAGAUAUUAUAUGCUAAAGUUGGUUCUUUAGGGAAUCCACAAUCUAAAAUAUUGGGUGUGGCAUUUGUUUAUCAUACUCCAGAAGAUGUUAAUUAUAGGUGUAUCGGUCCAUAUUGCCAACCAGGUACAGAUUUAAGCCAGAAAUUAGAAAUCAUUACAUCUGUAUCAUUUAUAGAUGUAUCACAACCUCCAGAAGGCUUUGAGGCAGAACAACCAAUGUUUUUAGCUAAAGUGCCUUAUGACUUUUUCUAUCCAUUUCUAACUGAUACAUCAAGCCAACUAAAUACUCUUAAUUUAUGUUUAGUUAUUGUUUGUUUAUUUGUUUCAUUAUUGAAGUUAUAGUAUUAGAUAUAAUUAGUUUCAUUUCAAAUUUUAUUUCUAAUUUUGAGAAAAUUUAAAUUCUGAAAUCCAAGUAAUAGUUGAAUCAUUUUAAGUGAAAUUUGUAUGGUCAAGUAAUUGGUGAAGGGUGACUAAGUCUACUUCUUUCCUGCUUAAAGUUUACUUAAGAUGAUCUAACUUACUUAGAACCUAACACUACCUGUCAGUCAAAACAUGUGAUUGUGAAAUUCUUAAUAAUUUAUCAGAAAAUUUAGCCAAUUUUGAUUGGAUGAGAAAGUUAUGUUAGAUUCUAAGCUGAUUUUCUCUUGGGCUUUUAAGAAAUUCCAUACUUUACUAUGCCUCUUUGUGUCUUAUUUUGUUUUAUUGAAAUGAGUGUCAGUAGAUAAUUUUCUUAUUUUGUAUGUCAAAUGAUAAUUUGUAUAUCCGUCCAUUUACAAUUAUUGAGUAAUCCAUCCAUUCCAUGUACAUAGAUUUUGUUAUUAUCAUGCUAAUGGUUCACAGUCCUUGUGAGUUUACAUUGGCACUUGUGUAUCCCAUUAAGUUUUACCAACUGGUUGCUGAAGUGGGCAAUCUCACACAGUUUAUUUAUUCUGUAUAAAUUUUAAUGUAGAUCAUGUAGAAUAAACUUAUUUUUAUUUUUU